CUCUAUAGAAGUGAUCGGCGAUAAUGGCAAAGUGUCACCGUAACAAUGUAGAUUCUCUCAUCCUUCAUCGUAUUCCCUCCGCUUCUUCUUCUUCCUCUACCUCCGGAAACACUUUCUCCGGAUCAUCAUUGCGCAGGAUCAUCUUCGACGCAAUUAGCUGCGGUGGUAGCUCUCGUUACCAACGUGAACUCCGAGAAGAAGACGACGAAGAUGCUUCGAAAUCGACAAUGAUGGGAAAUGAUUCAGCGAGGAAAUCUGAGAAGCUUUGUGAUCUGUUAAACUUAGCGGUGGUUGAGAGUUGUGUAGAGACGAAGAAGAAGGAGGAAACACUUGAGAUUCUAAAACGUGUUGUUAGAGAUUUACAAGUGGCGGCGGAGAAGAAAAUAGCGGCGGCGAGUGAGGUUAGAUUGUUAGCAAAAGAUGAUAUAGAGGCGAGAGUGACACUUGCAAUGCUCGGUGCGAUCCCACCGUUGGUUAGUAUGAUCGACAACGACGAAGAUGCGCAAAUCGCUUCGCUUUACGCUCUUCUCAAUCUCGGAAUCGGCAAUGAUGUUCAUCAAAAACCUCCUAAUCAAGCGAUUUCCGAGGCUAUUGUCGCUAAUUUCCUAGGGCUAAGCGCGUUAGAUGCCAAUAAACCGAUCAUCGGUUCCUCGGGUGCAAUGAUCUUUCUAGUGAGAACUCUGAAAAACUUCGAGGAAACUAGCAGCUCAAGACAAGCUAGAGAAGACGCUCUUCGAGCUCUUUACAACCUUUCAAUCCAUCAGCAAAACAUUUCAUUCAUCCUCGAAACCGAUCUGAUUCCUUUUCUCUUGAACACAUUGGGAGACAUGGAAGUAAGCGAGAGGAUUCUCGCCAUCUUAACCAAUGUGGUAUCAGUCCCUGAAGGACGGAAAGCGAUCGCGGGUGUGGUUGAAGCGUUUCCUAUAUUGGUAGAUGUACUGAAUUGGAAUGAUUCUGUAAAAUGUCAAGAGAAAGCUAUUUACAUCCUUAUGUUACUGGCUCAUAAAGGGAAUGGAGAUCGGAAAGCGAUGAUCGAAGCGGGUAUUGAAUCUUCAUUGCUUGAACUAAUACUUGUAGGAAGUCCAUUAGCGCAAAAGCGAGCCUCGAGGGUACUAGAGUGUUUGAGAAUGGUGGACAAAGGGAAGCAAGUUUCAGCUCCGGUUUAUGGAAUAUCUUCUUCUUCUUCAUUGGGUAGAGAGAGAGGUCAUGAUCUUAGGAUGAGUGCUGAGAGUAAAGCAGUGAAGCAGUUAGUGCAACAGAGUUUACAGAGCAACAUGAAGAGGAUUGUGAAGAGAGCUAAUUUACCACAUGACUUUGUUACUACUUCACAGCAUUUCUCAAAGAGCUUAACUUUCUGAAUCCAUGAAACAAAGUUUGUAUCAUUUUCCAAUAAAAUUUGUUACUAGAA